CAGGUGCCGUUCCGGUAGAUCAUUAUUUUUCUCGGCGCAUUUUCUCUGUCGGAUGGUUGCUGGUGAUUUGUUUCAGUCGUGUAGUUGUGUGCGGUGUUCUCCAUUGUUCAUUGUGGACAGAACAGUUCAUGCCACUAGCCAGUGAAGCCGGCGUGGACAGAGACUCAGACUGUGGCGGAGUGGUUGGUUGUGACGCUGGGUUUUGCUGACGGCGCGAUGCCGGACAGUGUGCGGUACAAUAUCAAGUACUUGGUAUCCAAUCUAGAUGUGUCACUGAUCUUGGAGGACCUGCUAGAGAACGAUGUCCUCAGCGAACAGGAAUAUGACACUGCCUCUGGAAAGGAAAAUGAAAAGUUGGAGCUGGCAAAGUAUGUGGUGAGGUUGAUGCUGAAGAAAACGGAGGAACAGGUGGAUUCGUUCCUGAAACUAGUUGAACACAGCCAACGUGAUGUAGCGGAACAUGUCGCCAGUACCAUGGCGAAGCGCCGCGCCGCGAAGCCAAUGUCGGCAGAUCGCGAGUCAACACGUGGCUCGCCCUCCGACAAUCCGUUUGACCUGACAAGGUUUGUGUGUGACAUUCAACCAUGGUUGAACAAAGUUGACGCAGAUCUACUGCGACGGAUGGUGAUCAAGAAACAUCUCAUAACUGACAGCGCAUCAAUAGAGAGACUAAAGAGAAUUCAGUCCCGGGAUGGUUUAUCUGAUCAUAAUGAGGCGCUCAUCCAGUUGCUCAGAGCUGGUGGCCUAACGACUUAUCGUGAUCUCUGUGUUGUCAUUGAGGAUCUUGGGUAUGUGGACAAGAGCAAGGAAAUGCUCUCCAUUUUGGGCCACACAGAUGGAGUCACUCCAGAACACCUUUUUGAACUGGAAAGAGCAAAAAGAGAUGCUGCAAGGCGUGGUGACACAACAAGCGUCCGCUUCUUGCACAUUGCAAUUCUUGGAGCUGCACGUUGUGGAAAGACAAGCUUGCUGAAGACCAUACUGGGUGAAGAGCAUGACUCCGGUGAGAAGAGCACGCUUGGAAUGAAAACUUCAUUCGCCGUCACAACAAUUGAAAAUGGCCAAUUCAUAGUAUGCAGUGAUGUUAUUGAAGCGCUGCGGCAGCUGUACGUAACAACGAUACUGAAGGACGAACAAAGCGACUCUAAAAGACUGCAAGAAACAGAUCACUCCACUCCUCCACACGGUGAUGCCGCAAGGUCACAAGAAGUUACGUUUGGCGGAGCUGCACCAAUUCUUCCUGGAAAUCCUUCACGGCAAAUCCUCAUCAGUGAGCCUUCAGUAGGAGGAGAAGACUUCGUGCAACGUGCAAUAGAAGCCAUCCGUUCUUCAGACAUGGUGAAGUACAUCAAGGAAGCUGCUGCCAAACCUGACUUCACCGUGAUCACAUUUCAAGACCUCGCUGGUCAGCAGAUCUACCAGUCUGUACAGCCACUGCUCAUAAUGAAGAACACCGCAUUCAUAGUGGCGUACAAUGCAUCAAAGAAUUUGGAGGCGGAGAUCGAUGAGAAAGAGCUUGAAGAAAUGCAGAUGGCUCAAUCACCAAUCCUGCGUGCGACUUUGCCAAGUGAUGCUACCCACAUUGAUCAAGUAUUCUCAUGGCUCGACAUGCCACUCUUCCAUAGCAAAUCUGAUCACACAGACGAGACAUCAGGAGAUGUGUUCAUGGUCGGUUGUCAUGGAGAUGUCUAUGACGAAGAGAAGGUCAAGGAAACCCUGCCAGAUCCGAAAGUGUUGCUUCACAAUAGGAUCAAGGAAUCGCGGUACAAGCGACUGGUAUCUAAUCAAAAGUCACACUUCCUAGUCAACAACACCAAGUCCAAGUCAGGUGACGAUGAUGGUGCCAAGGCCCUGAAGAAGGCCAUUGCUGAUCGCUGUGAAGACAGCAGGCUCAACAUUCCUGUGACAUGGCUGCGCUUUUGCAUGGCCAUUGAGCUGUUGAAGACAACCAUCCAGCUACCAUGGCUGGACUUAAAAAGUGUUCAAGGCAUUGCUGAAGACCUGGAUGCCAUCGGGAGACACGAUGAUGAAGGGAUGAAGGAACUGCUGAAGUAUGGCCACGAGUCCGGUCAUUUGGCAUACUUCCCCACUCGUGAACUCAAACACCUCGUUAUUCUGGACAAGCAAUUUGUCCUGGAUUGUGUGACUGCCCUGGCAUACGUCGACUUGGAGGACAGCUGCGAUGCCAUGUCGCCGUCUGAGUACGAUGAAGAACGCUAUGGCAAGGGCUUCAUAUCUGAAGCUUUGGCCAGGUUUGCCUUCAACCAAUUUGCCAAAAAAGCAGAGAAGACAGCACAUUGGAAACUGCUUCAGGACCAUCAAGAUGAAUGGGACAGUGCAUUCCAUAUUCUCCAAGAGCUGUCAGUCCUAGUUAUCACUCAGCGCACUGUUGGCAAUGGACAACAGAAGCAAGAGUUCAUUAUGCCAGCAGUAGUACCGAACGAAGCACUAGAAGAAGCCAGAUCUGCUGAUCUGUCACCGCCAGCAUACAUAUGUCUUGAGAUGACAGGGGAAGAAGGACACCAAAUCCCGUUUCCUGUCUUUCUUUACUGGCAGUGUGUGGUUGAGAUGCUCAAGGAGUCGCCGAACCGCACCGAUUGUAGUGUAUCUUUCAAUGGAGUGCGGCUUUACUGGGUCAAGGAUGGUUGGCAGUGGUUACGGCUUAGCUAUGCCCGGUUCGGUCUAAGGGUUUGUCUGGAGCGGAGCUCAGAGGCACAGGAUUGUGCCAGCACAGGCCAGCCAGCGCUAGCACUGCUGAAGUCAACUGUUCAGAAUGUGCUAAGCGAAUGGUCGGGAAAGGGCAAGCUGCAGGCAAGCGUUGUGAAGGUUCUUCCAUGCCCAACCGACUGUAAGCACCCUUCUGGCGUGAAAUGCUUGGAGCAUGGGAGAAAGUCCUGCAACAACAGCUGCCCACAUGCUCUCCACAACGUGACUGUGGGUUUGGUGCCUGUUUGCCGUCUUCCUCGCCCUCCAGUGACACAGAUGAUACGCCAAGCAGCAAAGUUUUGGCUCGGCCUUGAGCAGGAUGCACAUGGAAGGCUGUUUGAGCCGAGAUCGACCUCUCUUCCUUCAGUGCAAGAUUCAAGUGAAGCUAGUUCUCCCACUCCUGCAACCGAUGGUGCUUCGCUUUGCGAUUUUAGGUGGAAGACACUGGCACAGAUCAAAGAUUGGGUAGACUUCGAGUCUGUACUCCAGAACUUUGUCGCAGGCGAGGAAAGAAGAAAUCUUGGUAGAGCUGCAGUGAUCUUGGUUGAUGACGCGAUGAGGAACGUCUACGGUGCUGAACUAAACCGAUUCCAUGAAGCGAAUGCUGGCGUAAUCCGUGGGGAAGGGAGAGGCAUGGAUAACCUAUUCUGCAUCAUUCUGUACCUCAUCAACAAGAGGCAGGGAAUGACCAUCAACGAACUGUAUGGAAUGCUGGCUAAACAUGCAGAAAGCCAUCGUGGCGAUAUCUGGAAGGCCCUCUCGGAAGCUGCAUACAAUGAUUGAGCAAGCACUGCGUUGGGAAAGGAACAGGGAAUCUGAGCAGUGGACAUGAUGGUUGACUCACCAAAGAUUAGUCAGUCAAUCGCAUUGCUCAGCUGCUGCAAUUGCAGUUACGGUAUUCUCGUUGUCUGCUGUUAUAAUGUUAUGUUCAUCUAUUUAUCAUUUAUUUAUACCGAUCUAUCCAGUUGCAUUGAAAGCCCAUGAAGAAGGAGCCAUUUCCCCGAACCCGCGAUGGCUGGCUGGCAUGUGUUUCUUUUGCUGUCCAAGACCGAGGCUGUUAUUGCAACUUUCACAGUCAAUCAUCAAACAAGAAUACUUGAAACUGCUGUUCUGCAGCUGCCAUAGCACUGACAGUAGUCACUGCAUUUGUCUCAGUUGCAUGGCAAACCUAUUGCCAACCCGAACAUUUACGUACAGGCGCACUUGAUUCUUUGAUUCUUGCCCAUGAGAAUGACUCAGGCUACAUAUGAACCUUUCAUCUUUCAGUGCAACACCUUUGACUAUUCGAGAGCGGCAAUUAAAAAUGCAGGAGCGGAACGAGGUGUCACUUUUCCUACACAAAAGAUAUUAUCUCUGAUACGCAAACCUGUACAAUGACAAUAAUAUCAAUGCGGCAUCGAUAUGCCGUGUUCAUUUUUCUAUAUUCUUGGACUAGUAUUUUCAAUUA